CCUGCACCGGGAAGCCACGCCCCAUACCUGGAAGAUUCAGGAAAUCUGGGAUUGUGUGCUGCAACGAACUCGAGAUUUCUGUCGAUUCUGUAAAAUUUCACUCUUUCACUCGAGUUUCUGUCUUCAGGUGGACGCGGAAGUGUGACAUUAAACCGGAAACAGAAGAGUCUGGAGAUGGAGGAGACAGUGUGGGAACAGUACACAGUGACGCUGCAGCGGCAUUCUAAAAUGGGAUUUGGGAUCGCCGUGUCUGGCGGAAAAGACAAUCCGAAUGAAGAGACCAGAGAGCCGUCCAUCAUCGUCUCUGAUGUGCUGGAGGGAGGACCUGCUGAAGGCCUGCUGUUUCAGAAUGAUCGAGUGAUCCAGGUGAACUCCGCGUCCAUGGAGAACGUUGUGCACUCGUUUGCUGUACAGACUCUACGCAAGUGUGGCAAAGUCGCCAAGAUAACAGUGAAAAGGCAGCGUAAAGUUCCUGUGAGCAUAGUGAAGCAGGCCCCGCCCCCAGAUAACCGCGCGUUCUCUCAUCCGGACUACAGCGAUGAUUAUGACUACGAGCCGGACCGACGCAGCACCUACAGUGGCCAGACCGACUCCGAAUACGACUUUGAACGCAGCCGUGGUCGAACACUGGAGCGAGACAUCAGUCCUGAGCGUCAGCAUCGCCGCGACGGCAGCCGAGGACGCAUGCUGGAGUACGAUCGCAGCCCUGACCGUCGUUACCGUGGCGACCACCCCCGUGACCAGGCCUACAGUCCAGAUCGCCAAUAUCGUAGCGACCGCGCCUUAAACCGAGACUACAGCCCUGACCGGCGUUACCCUCGUGAGCACAGCCCCGAUCGGCGGUACCGAAGCGAACACACUCUGGAUCGGGACUACAGCCCGGAUCGGCGUUAUCGCAGUGAACAAGUUCUGGAUCGCUCACACAGUCCAGAACCACGCUACAGGGAGAAAGAACUGCGUAUUCCAGUGCCACGUCCUGCUGAGGCUCUCAGAAGGAACGCCAGCCGGGAACACGUAGAACGCUCACCUCCACAGAGCCCACUGGAACCGCUGGAGAAACCAGUUCGUGUCCUACUGGAGAAGCACAGACCUAAUGAAGAAUAUGGGCUGCGUUUGGGCAGUCAGCUGUUCAUUAAAGAGAUGAGUAGUACAGGACUGGCCUCCAGGGACGGCAGCCUGCAGGAGGGAGACAUCAUCCUGAAGAUUAACGGGACGGCCACAGAGAAUCUGUCUCUGAGUGAUGCGGGAAAGCUGAUUGAAAAAUCACGAGGAAAACUGCAGCUGGUGGUCCAGAGAGACAGCAGGAAAGUUCUGGUUCGGGUCCCGCCCAUGGCCGACAGCGACUCGGAGCCGGACGAUCUGUCUGAGAUCGAGUCGUUACGUUCAUACUCUCCUCAGGACGACAGACGAGGACAGCACUCGGACAUCUCCUCACACUCUUCCAAUGAGAGGCUGCGUGAAAAAAAAAGGGACGAGCCUCAGAGCAGGUUGUCUAAAAUGGGUGCGAUGCCGACACCAUUCCAAACUGCUCCAGAUGAUUUUCCACCUCCACCCCCGGAGGUGGAGGAGGAGCCUGAACUCAAGGACGCUCCAGCUCCUGUGGCCUUGCCUGCACCUAAAAUCAGCGUUCCACCAAAAAUGAAAGCUCUUCCGAAGGUUCCUCUGAAACCGAGCGCCGAGGAUCUGGAGCUGUAUGGGCAGAACACCAUGAUGGUGUGCUUUCAGAAGGGUGAGAGUGUGGGUCUGAGGCUGGCAGGAGGAAACGAUGUGGGGAUUUUCAUAGCCAGUGUUCAGGAGGACAGUCCGGCGGAGGUGGAGGGUCUGCAGGCUGGAGACCAGAUCAUGAAGGUGAAUAAUAUGGAUUUCCGUGGCAUGGUGCGGGAGGAUGCAGUGCUCUACCUGCUCGACAUUCCUAAAGGAGAAGACGUCACCAUCCUGGCCCAGAGAAAACCGGAUGUGUAUAAGGACAUUGUGGAGUCAGGUCGAGGAGAUAACUUCUACAUCAGGACUCAUUUCGAACACGAGAAAGACUCUCCUCAGAGUCUGUCUUUCAGCCGGGGCGACAUCUUUAAAGUGAUCGACACUCUGUAUGACGGGAAACUGGGCAGCUGGCUCGCCAUCCGCACUGACCGAGACAACCAGCUGCAGGAGAAAGGCCUCAUUCCCAGCAAGAGCAGAGCUGAACAGAUGGCCAACGUACAGAACGCCCAGAAAGGAGCAGCCAAUGACAGAGGAGAUUUCUGGAGGCUCAGAGGUCAAAGGGCAGCAAAGAAGAAGGACCUGCGCAAAAGCAGAGAGGAUCUCACUGCCAACCCCGUCGCCACCCGCUUUCCCGCCUACGAGAGGGUGGUUCUGAGAGAGGCUGGAUUCCAGAGGCCCGUGGUUCUGUUCGGCCCAAUCGCUGAUGUGGCAAGUGAGAAGCUCGCCAAUGACCUGCCCGAAGAUUUCAUCAUAGCAAAGAGAGAACCUAAGGAUGCAGGAACAGAGAAGUCCUCAGGUGUGGUGAGACUGAACACUGUGCAGCAGAUCAUUGAACAGGAUAAGCAUGCUCUGCUGGACGUCACCCCGAAGGCGGUGGACACGCUGAACUACACCCAGUGGUACCCCAUUGUGGUGUUCCUGAACCCGGACAGUAAGCAAGGCGUGAAGACGAUGAGGAACCGCCUGGUACCGGGUUCUAACCGCAGCUCACGCAAACUGUACGAGCAGGCAGUUAAACUGAAGAAGACUUGCUCUCACCUCUUCACCGCAACGGUGGAUCUGAACUCGGCUCAUGAUGCCUGGUACGGGAGUCUGAAGGACACGAUUCAGGAGCAGCAGAACAAAGCGGUGUGGGUCUGCGAGAAUAAACUGGACAGCUCUGAGGAGGACUUGUACCUACAAGAUGACCGCAUGUCUUACCUGUCAGCCAUGAGCGCAGAUUACCUGAGCAUGGACAGCCGUCUCACCGGGGACUAUGAUGACACUGCAGAUGAGGGCGGAGCCUAUACAGAUAACGAGCUUGACGAGCCUUCUGAUGAGCCGCAGGUAUCGGGGACGAGGCGCUCAUCGGAGCCUGUAGAAGAGAGACCCGCCCCCGUGCCCCGCAUGAAACGAGCCGGGAGCAGAGAAGUACUGCGAGACCCCAGUCCCCCGCCGUCCUUCGUCCCAGAGCCCCCGAAGGCUCGAUCUCAGAGGCCCCACAGUGAGUCCAGCACGGUGAGCAGUGACAUCAGCACCAAGCCGCCGCCCCCUCCCGUCGCCCUCAAACCCAGUUUCCUAGCUCGAGGCGCGCCGACUCAGGAGCCCGCCUCAGGUACUGAUGAUCCUGCGAGCCGCUCAUUCCUGGGUAAAGUGAAAGCUUUCGAGCAGAUGGACCACCUCGCCCGAGCACAGAGGAUGCUGGAACUGCAGGAGGCUGAACACGCCCGGUUGGAGAUCUCUCAGAGACACCCGGACAUUUACGCCGUCCCCGUUAAACCGAAACCCAACGCCGCCCAGCCACAACCUGCAGGUUCCAGCUCAAACCCUGCGCAUCGCAGCGGAUCUGCUGAGGAUGCUGAUCAAUCUCGUCGUGGAUUUUAUAACCCUCAGAAAUACAAUGACACGGAGCUGUAGGACUCCACCGCCCCACACUCAUCCUUCACCCCUCAUAGUGUUUCAGGAUAGGUUCUGGUCCUGGUUCUCAAAUAUUUUCACCUGCACAACUGUCAGUCAGUAUGACGGCUUUAAAUAAAUCAAAACUGUUAUUCAGAUGAAAUUUAAACAAGCAGCUUUACUACAAAAAAAUCCUUCUAAAAAUAAUGUUCUGCUUUUUUUAUAUACAUAUUUGUACAUUUUUAUAAGAAACUGAAAGGUUUGACAGAUGUUUAUUUGAUGUAGUGAAUCGACUCGACAGUUUUGUUACUGGUUUUAUUCCUCUGCAGUAUCCGUACAGUUUAUUACUCACUGAAGCUGACAGGAAAAUUAAUGACAGAUUUUAAACCUGAGCUUCAAGAUGGAAAUGAAAUGAGAUUGAAAUCUUCUACAUUUAUAUUCCUUAUAACCUUCACACUCUUUCUGGAAGAGGUGUCCUUUAUUGUUUUAAAUCACAUACAUUCACAUACUGCAUUUGGAUGUGCAAUGUGUUGAAAGAAUGAUGAUUGGUAAGGUCCGUGCUAUUUCUGUGUGUUUCUAAUCAACCUUUAACAUUCAGAUAUAUAAUAAAUAAAACACAAUUCAUCUCUA